GCCGCGGCGUAUAAAGGGCUGUUCCAGACACGCUGGCUGUACAGAGCGUGAGCAGUGUUAAGGGUCUUGGUCGACGUGCUUGCAGUCCUCGAGGUGUCAGCUUGCCUUCUUCCCGUGGUCAGCAUGUGUGACAAACCGGAUCUGUCUGAGGUGGAGAAGUUUGACAAAAAGAAGCUGAAGAAAACCAAUACGGAAGAGAAGAACACGCUUCCUUCCAAGGAGACCAUUGAGCAGGAGAAGGAAUGUGGGAAGACAUCAUAGAGAUGGCCCUUGAUGUGAAGUGCCCAUUCUCUUUUCCUUACUCCUGUUUGCAUUAAUUUUUUUUACAACAAUGUAUAUUGUACUAAAUGCUGCAGUUCUCAUUACAACCAUCCCGCCUUCACCGCUUUGGAUCCCUCUGAAGCCUUGUCAACAGCUGGCUGCUCCUCCCGUGCACACCUUCCACCUCCCUUCAGGUGCUGAUGUUGCUGUCUGUUUCAGUGAGGGGAGAGCAGAUGAUGCAGGAAAGGGGAUCUGAGGUUCACAUGGCUCAAACUCCCUCCUUCCUGCCCCAUCUUGCUAGAUGGGGCAGUUUCAGGGGCUGGGACCUGUCCACUGUGUUUGCUCACUAAUUGUUUCUGCAGCUCUCUUUGAUUUGUCUUCCUAGAAAAUUAAAACCUGGUGAUAAAAAUAAAAAUGAGAGUUUUCCUGGU